GCUGAAGCCGAGGUUGCCGUCUGUGUUCUUCAGCGAGCAGCCGUCUUCAACACAGACCUAUGCGCGACUGUUUAUUCUGCAAAAGUGUCUGGAUGUGAUCUGUGGCAUUUUGUCGCUCAAUCAAAGCCAAGCAACACUAGUCAACACGUUCAUUAUACUGAGAGAGAUGUGCGCGGAGUACCCCCACAUGCUGUUCGAUGAAUCUGCGGAGAACUGUGCGGUGGUGACGAGUCUUGUCCUGAACCACAGCUUCUCUGCGUUCCCAUUGGUCAGACGAGAGGCAGCGGCAACCAUCUAUUGGUUAGCCAAAGUGAACUACAAAAAUAAUA